AUGAGUAAUACUUCUAGAGUUGAAACUUUAACUCGAAAUUGUGGUGGUAUAAAUUGGUCGCCUGUUUUGGCUAUCACUGGGUUUCAUUCGGAUAGAGAAGCAACAAAAUUUGAAUCAAAUGUUAGAAUAUUAGCCAAAAAAAGAGAAUUUUCUGAAUAUGCAUCAUUGUAUGCUGGCAGCUGUCCAGCAGUUGUUGUCAAACGUAUAUUAGCGAUUAGAUGUUUACUAUGUGAAUAUGAUUCUUGGUGGAAAGUUCCUUGUGGCAAAAAAAGACGUGAAUAUGUUUUACAUUGGGGUACAUAUAUGGAUAUAGAUUCUAGACAAUUAGAAGUUUUACAGAAUUGUCCUUGGUCAAGAAUUGAUCGCGUGGUUAGACAUAUUAAAAUGGAUCCGGUGGCAAAUGAAUCAACUAUCACUUCAAACAAGAAUAAAGUCAUGCCCAGAUCAUCUGCAUUGAAUGACGAAGAGGAGGAAAAGAAGAAAGCUACUUUUGUGAUAAGAAAUUCAUCGCCAUCAUUAUCAUCAAUUAACGGCAAGAAAAGGAAAAAACAUACCGGAAUGAUAUCAGAAUUUUUCAAAUCUACCAAUUUCAACACCAAUAACAAUCAUCGAUUAUUAGAAUGGUUUUUUGAUAGCGAAGAUGAGGAGGAGCAAGAAAAAGAACUGUUAUUAGCGUUUAAUCCUUCAUAUGAUUUAAAUAAAAUUGUAAAGAAUUGGAAAUUAAUAAUGGAUUAUGAUGAAUUUUCAAAUUUAAAGCCCAUAAAUUUCACGCCAAAGUAUAUCCCGAUGACUUCACCAUAUAAUCUUGUUCAAGAACAACUUUAUUGUGAUCCUUGGAAGUAUCCAACACCAUAUAAAGCAAUUAAAGCUGAUGUAAAUGAACUCGUAAAUUUAUUGAGACCAUUAGGACUUCAAAAUAUUCGUGCUAUAAGAGUUAUAAAAUUUUCAUGUUCAUAUUUAUUAAAUCCUAAUUUUUCUACACCAAAAGAAUUAUUCGGUAUGGGACAAUAUGCCGAAGAUAGUUGGAAAUUAUUUUGUGGUGAGAAAGAUAAUGCCUGGAAAACCAUCGAGCCAGAAGACAAAAUCUUAAAGAUGUACGUCGAUUGGCGUAGAGAACAACACAAUAAUUAA